AUGGCUAAUGUAGUUCCUACCGAAGACUCCAGAAAAGGACUCGAUAGGCAUAUUAGAGAUGGUGUAUCAGUUGAAAGUUCGAUAAAUCUGAGGCAGUAUCGAGCAGGACUCUCUACGAAAACGGCACUGCAUAAUCUCCUACAUAAGGUUAAGUACGUUUUGGAAAAUAACGAAUUAAUGUUAUGUGCAUUUUCAUAUAUAGAGGGAGCAUUCGACAACACUUACGAAUAUAUCACAGGGGAAAUUUCUCUUAGAGAAAUAGAAAAAACAAGCCGCAGAUUAAUAUAUUGCGUAAUAAAGAGGCCUGUGAUAUACGCAACAGUACAAGAGGAUACACUGUCAGCACAAGUAGCCAUAGACUGUCUGCAGGGGGAGUCGUUAUCUUGUUAA